AUGCACGCGAUUCAGGGCAUGCCGGAUGUCAUAAUUGUUAAUCUUCCUUUUUGGAUUGGCCUGCAUGCGCCAAAGUAUCCGAAUUUCACAAAGCUUCGACCAUUAGGUCAGAUUGAAGCGCUUGUGAUAGGCUUACCAUGCACCACUCGCUAUACAAGAACCGCGGACUCUCCUGGGGAUUGGGCAAGGUCUGCAGUCCGUCGCAAAGUUUGCAUUAGUAACGACGUGCCGUCCCACCCAAAGUGGCGCGCGCAGGCGACUUGGAGGCGUCUUCUAGAAGGCUUCUGGAAGAAAACUCGGGCGAGCUUAUCUCAACCCACCCGCGAGGCGCGCUACAUUUCCCUCUGUCGCCGUCUCAAGACUCCCAACACCGACAAGAGACGCGACGUGGAGGUCUUGCGCCCUUACAGUUGGUCCGACAUCGCCGCCAUCCCACGAGGCCGCGCCAACGCCAUGAUGGCGCAUCGCAGCAUCCACCCGCCGGUGGUCACGGCCCUGGAGCAGUGCGUCACAUCCCUCCAUUCCAACAGCCCGUGCUACGACGUCCAGAAAAGACCGCAAGCUACGGCCCACAAGGCGGACAGCAGGCCAUGCUCCCCAGGCCAUGCUCCCCGCAGCGCCGUGACCACGGGAGACGGCCCCUCUGGAGUCGUUCCGCAGGGAAGCAUUAGAAAUGCAACGAUGCAGCGUCGUUGGCUACCGACGACGACGAAGUAUGCAAAGAAGCCUCGGCAUCCCGACAGUUCCAUACCAUACGAGGAGUCCGGUCCGGUCCGCUACUGGGAGAUGGCUUAUUGGACUUGA